UUUCCAUAAUAACUUCAAUUAACGCAGCAAUAUUGUCUUAUGCCGGCGUCGACUCCAGCCCGAGACAAAAAAAGAAAGAAAAUGUCUGCGCUGAUCGACGUGGCGGAAGAGGAAGAGGAAGAGCAACGCACACCUCUUCUCCACAACCACAACGCAGCAGCAUCCACUGAUGACAUCGUCCCCUCCUCCCCCUCCCCAUCCAACGGCCCAGAUUCAUCCCCUCCCGCCGCUCCCACUCCCAAUCAACGGCUCCACUCUCUCGAUGUCUUCCGCGGCCUCACCGUCGCCUUGAUGAUUUUAGUAGACGAUGCUGGAGGGGCAUUUCCGUCCAUUAAUCACUCGCCCUGGUUCGGCGUCACACUCGCAGAUUUUGUGAUGCCAUUUUUUCUCUUUGGUGUUGGUGUCUCUAUUGCUCUAGUAUUCAAGAGAAUUUCUAACAAAUCAAUUGCUACAAAGAAAGUCGUGCUAAGGACAAUCAAGCUGUUCAUCCUAGGGUUGGUUUUGCAAGGUGGGUAUUUUCAUGGGCGUAACGAUUUAACAUAUGGAGUUGAUGUGGACAAGAUACGUUGGCUAGGUGUAUUACAGAGGAUAUCAAUUGGAUAUCUGCUGGCUUCAAUGGCGGAGAUCUGGCUUGUUAACAACGAUAUUGUUGAUUCAGCAACAGCUUUUGUGAAGAAAUACUACAUUCAGUGGAUGUUCGCUACCUCACUAUGCUCAGUAUACAUGUGCUUACUAUAUGGCCUUUACGUUCCGAACUGGGAAUAUGAAGAUUUAAGCAUGAAUUUGACUGGUUAUGCAUCUGGUACUCAAAUUGUUCAUUGUGAAGUGAGGGGCAGUCUUGAGCCUCCUUGUAAUGUGGUUGGCUUGAUUGAUCGAGUUAUUCUUGGUGAACAUCAUCUUUAUCAACAUCCUGUGUACAGAAGAACAAAGGAAUGCAGUAUUAAUUCUCCUGACUAUGGACCUCUGCCACAAAAUGCACCUGGGUGGUGCCUUGCACCAUUUGAUCCAGAGGGCAUCUUAAGUUCAUUGAUGGCUGCUAUCACAUGUUUUGUGGGAUUGCAAUUUGGGCACAUACUUGUGCAUUUUAAGGACCAAAUGCAGAGGGUCCUUUUAUGGUCCAUGUUAUCAUUCCCUCUAUUAAUUGCAGGAUAUGUUUUGGAGUUGCUAGGUGUUCCUUUCUGCAAGCCACUGUAUACAUUGAGCUAUAUGUGCAUCACGGCAGGAGCAUCAGGCUUGUUCCUAACCAUUAUCUUUUACAUAGUUGAUAUCAAACAUUUCAGAAAGCCCACAAUGUUACUAGAAUGGAUGGGGAUGAACGCUCUCAUUGUAUAUGCUUUGGCUGCUUGUGAUCUCUUCCCAGCAGCUGUGCAGGGUUUCUAUUGGCAUUCACCUGAAAAUAACUUGGUUGAUGGCACAGAAUCGUUAUUGCAGGCCAUGAUUCAUUCAGAAAAGUGGGGUACCCUGGUGUUUGUAAUGCUUGAAAUUUUGUUUUGGAGUAUUGUUGCUGGUUUCCUCCACCUGAAAGGCAUAUAUUUAAAACUAUAAAAUAUAUAGACAUGUACAUGGUCUAUGUUGUAUGUCCCCUGUAAAUAACAAAAUUUUUGCGUGUAUAUGAUUAGCCAUCGCUGUGUGUGUACAAA